CUUUAGUCCCUCUGUUUUUCCUCAAAUCUGAUUUCCUCUCUCACUUGCUACAAUGGCGUUCGUCUCCACCUUUCGCCGCAACUUUGCCGGAUCCUACAGCCUCUCGUCUUCGCCAUCCUCCUGGGUUCGCCACUGCUCUACUCUUACGUCUUCCAAGCUCUUCGUCAGCGACUAACAACAAAUGAAAAGCUUGAGGAUGCAUUUGCUCCUUUUGGGGAGCUCGUGGAUGCUAGAGUGAUCACAGACAGGGAGACCGGGAGAUCAAAGGGGUUCGGUUUUGUGACGUAUGCAACAGUAGAAGACGCAGAGAAGGCCAAGGAAGGAAUGAAUGCAAAGUUCUUGGACGGUUGGGUUAUAUUUGUGGAUCCUGCAAGACCUCAAGAACCAAGACGGUCUCUUCAGCAGGAAGAGCAUCAAGCUUCCUCUGGUUCCGGUUUCACAACCAACAAAACCAUUGGAAACUGGAUGAGGCAAAACGGCGUUUGGUCUCUAGGGUUUAAGCUUCCUAAUCUCGAAUUCGGCGAUAGUUCGAAAACGAUGAUGCAUUCCUGUUAUCAUACUCAAUUCUCCUCCCUCAAGCUUCCCCAUUUCUUCGCGCCUAAGAGUUUCGUGGCGUCUUCGCGGAGGGAAUUAAGAGUGUUCGCAGUGGCGACCAGUGUGGACAUACCAGCGGCUCCGAUUUCUCUACCUGAAGGCUCAUGGAAACAGAUAGCUGGUGGAGUUACAGCUGCUAAAGGGUUUAAAGCUGCUGGUAUGUAUGCUGGGUUACGAGCUUCAGGGAAGAAGCCUGAUCUCGCUCUCGUAACUUGUGAUGUCGACGCUGUCGCUGCAGGAGUGUUUACUGUGAAUGUGGUUGCUGCUGCUCCUGUGGUUUACUGCAAAAAGGUUCUUGAGACUUCGAAAACGGCGCGUGCAGUGUUGAUCAAUGCCGGUCAAGCUAAUGCAGCUACGGGUGACGCUGGUUACCAAGAUAUGUUAGAUUGUGUUGCUUCUCUUGCGACGCUACUUAAAAUGAAUCCAGAGGAAGUGCUUAUCGAGUCAACUGGGGUUAUUGGUCAGAGGAUCAAAAAGAAAGAGCUUCUCCAAGCACUUCCAACACUAGUCAACUCGAUGUCAGACUCUGUUCAAGAGUAUAGUCUUCUUGCCUUUCUCUCUUUCUCUCUCUCUCGUCUCCUUACGUCACAAUCUUGGCUUUAUAUAUAUCCUCCUCUCAACCAAAUCAAAUCGAUUUACAGGGCAGAUUCUGCUGCUAUAGCCAUCACGACAACGGAUCUUGUAAGCAAGAGCGUGGCAGUUGAAUCACAGGUGGGAGGAACCACAGUUCGAGUUGGGGGUAUGGCAAAAGGCUCAGGGAUGAUUCAUCCAAAUAUGGCAACUAUGUUAGGUGUGAUCACAACGGACGCGCUUGUUGAAAGCGAGAUCUGGAGAAAGAUGGUAAAGGUUGCAGUAAACCGAAGUUUCAACCAGAUCACUGUAGAUGGGGACACGAGUACUAACGACACAGUCAUUGCUUUGGCGAGCGGGCUCUCUGGAUCACCUUUUAUAUCUUCUUUGAACUCUAAGGAAGCUGCACAGCUUCAGGCAUGCCUUGAUGCGGUGAUGCAAGGACUCGCUAAAUCAAUAGCUUGGGAUGGCGAAGGCGCAACAUGUCUCAUAGAGGUAACAGUUAAAGGGACAGAAACUGAAGCAGAAGCAGCGAAAAUUGCACGCUCGGUGGCUUCCUCUUCACUAGUCAAAGCAGCUGUUUAUGGGAGGGAUCCGAACUGGGGACGCAUAGCUGCAGCUGCUGGCUACGCCGGAGUUUCUUUCCAGAUGGAUAAGCUUAGGAUCUCACUCGGCGAUUUUUCACUCAUGGAGAGUGGUCAACCUCUUCCUUUUGACAGGGAUGGAGCCAGUGACUACCUCAAGAAAGCCGGCGAGGUUCACGGAACUGUUACAAUCGAUUUAUCCGUAGGUGAAGGUGCAGCCACAGGAAAGGCUUGGGGUUGCGAUCUUAGCUAUGACUAUGUCAAGAUCAACGCCGAGUAUACCUCCUGA